AUGAUGCGAGGAUUCAAGCAGCGAAUGCUGUCGCGGUCCAAGUCUCACAGCGAGUCGUCGACCAAAAACAAAAAGAAGGAGGACGGACCCAAGCGCACUUUCUCGCUAGGCGACCGCAAGAAAACCCCUGAGCCCACCCCUGCUGCCGCUACGCCCUCCAAUGUCCAGGCCGCCGCUACGCCGGUCUCUUCGUCUUCGAGUGCCAGCAGCAUAACCUCUGUCAGCGGGUCCUCUGGUAACAACAACUCCAGCAGCAACAACAACAGCAACAAUAACAUCACCAGUGGUGCAACUAACACCACCAAUAGCAGCAAUGCUAACACCACCAACCCUGCCACAUCAUCCAACUCCAACCCUUCGACCGGCAACGUGUCCUCCAUGUUGACCCCCCAACAGCCUGCCCAGUCACAGGCAGCGCUCCAGGGCCUGCAGCAGAACCAGCAGCAGCAGGGACAGCAGAUGGACACAAACACACCGCCAGCCAUUCUCGUUGAGGGACCUACGCAACUGGGCUCGGCCCAGGCGUCGAGUCACGUGACCAUGGGCCACGUGACCGGCCACAUGAGCACGCACUCGGGCACCCCACAUCACCACCCGUCGUCUCCGGGCCAGCUGGAGACCAUGCCCACCGAUCUGGAGCCUCCCAAGCGCCACUCGUUUGAGCUGCUCAACGCGGACGGCCCUGAGGUCAAAACCCCCCGUCGACACAACUCCAGCCGUCUGGAAAUUUCCAAGGAGCGGGAGCUGGAGCGUCUCCCCGGUUUCAACGAGGUGCCUUUCCGAAAGCGCGCGGAGCUGUUUUUGCAGAAGGUCAAGCAGUGCAAUACCAUUUUCGACUUUGGCGACCCGUCGUCUGACAUUCAGGGCAAGGACAUUAAGCGGAUGGCUCUGCACGAGCUGCUGGACUUUGUCGCUAACACGCGCAUCACAAUCACGGACGAAAUGUACGCCCAGGUGGUGGGCAUGUUUGGCAAGAACAUCUUCCGGCCCACGCCUCCACUGGUGAACCCGGUAGGAGAGGUUUUUGAUCCUGACGAGGACGAGCCUGUUUGCGAGGUCGCAUGGCCCCACAUGCAACUGGUGUACGAGUUUUUCCUCAAGUUCAUCGAAUCACCGGACUUCAACCACACGUCUGCCAAGAAGUUCAUCGACCACCGGUUUGUGCAGAACCUGCUGGAGCUGUUUGACAGCGAAGACAUUCGGGAGCGGGACUGCCUCAAAACUACUCUGCACCGAAUCUAUGGCAAGUUCCUGAAUCUGCGAGCGUAUAUCCGGCGGUCCAUCAACAAUGUCUUUUUCCAGUUCAUUUAUGAAACGGAGCGGUUCAAUGGCGUGGCCGAGCUGCUGGAGAUUUUGGGCUCCAUCAUCAACGGCUUUGCUCUGCCGCUCAAGGACGAGCACAAGAUCUUCUUGUCCAGGGUGCUCAUCCCUCUGCAUAAGGCCAAGACUCUGAGCCUGUACCACCCACAGCUGGCCUACUGUGUCGUACAGUUCCUGGAAAAGGACCCCUCGCUUACCGAGGAAGUCAUUCUGGGCUUGCUGCGGUACUGGCCCAAGGUUAACUCGUCGAAGGAGGUCAUGUUCCUGAACGAGAUUGAGGACAUCUUCGAGGUGAUGGAGCCGACGGAGUUCCAGCGGAUCCAGAUCCCCCUCUUCUCGCAGCUAGCUAAGUGCAUCUCGUCGCAGCAUUUCCAGGUGGCCGAACGGGCACUGUACUAUUGGAACAACGAGUACUUUUGCACGCUCAUGUCGGAGAACAUCACCGAGAUCUUGCCGGUCAUAUUCCCUGCGCUGUACGAAAACUCCCGCGGCCACUGGAACCGCACCAUCCACUCUAUGGUGUACAAUACUAUGAAAAUGAUCAUGGAAGCCAAUCCGCAGUUGUUUGACCAGUGCACCAUGGUGUACCAAGAGCGACAAGACCUCAAGGAGGAGCACGAGGCGCUGGUGGCGAAGUGGUGGGAUAUGGUGGUGGAACGUGCGGCCAAUAGUCAGGAGAACGUUGAUUCGCCACAAUUUGCCAAGCUGCUCAACCAGGCCCAGGAGGAGUUUUCCAUGCUCAAGACCGAGGACCGGGAUCUGCAGAUGAGCGGAAUUCCCGAGGAGGGGGAGGAGGAUAGCAACAAGCUUGCUAAUAACCAGGGUCCCGAGGAGGGCAUGGAACAUGACCACCACGAGCAGCACCAACAGCACCAGGGACUUGGACAGCAUGAGCAGCAGCAGCAGCAGCAGCAGGGUGUUGAGCAACAACAACAGCCCCACAAUAUCCAGCCUCUGGGGGUUGUGACUAACCAUGAGACUCCUGUCGUUGCUCAUAACGAUGAGGAGCAUACUGGUUUCCACACCCCUCGCGGUAGCAGUGACUUUCCGUUUGGAUACUAG